CAACAGCACCCAAUGAUGGCACUUCAUAGUGUUCUACAUGUUUAGUAGGAAUUUUGUGCAAGAGCUAGCUAUGAGGAAGAAAGUCCAAGACGUCUACGCUAUGCUUCUGGUACAAUAAGAACUUUGACCUGGCGAUCGAAUUGAGCCGAUACACAUAAUGGCACUUUUGGGAAGUCAUUUGGAGCAAAUAACCCUAUCCGCAAAGUCGAUAGCAGGUCUCGAGUUCCUUCCUCCAAAGAUCUUCUCUAAUGCGCUUUUGAAAGAUCAUGAGAUCACGACUUUGAUCCGUGACACUGAGUCUCACGAGCGUGCCUUAUUUACCUUGGAUCCUAAUGCCGUACGCAGUAGCCGACAGAGCAAUGCGACACAGCAGCAUGGAUCCUCUGCAACUCGGAAUAGCCUGUUUCCAAACGCACACUCGACGCAACAGUCAGUCGUUACAAGAUUAUUGGGCGAUGAUAUGCUCGAAGAGAUCAGACUGUCAAGCAAGAAACGCGACGGUGUCAAUGUCGAGGUGCUACUCCGGGGUGCCGAAAGAUUGUGUGAUGUAUACGCAGUUGGAGGGGCUCCUGAAAAGAUCAGAGCGUUACGCACGCGAUAUGAAGAAGUUGCGACUUCCAUUUCAACACUGGAAGAGAAGGUGUCAAAGCAACAGGCCCUUCUCGAACGGAGGAACAAAAGCUUUGAGGUUGAACAUGAAGAGCACGAACCUGCGGGCUUGACCGCUGAUGAUGCCAUGCUGUUGACAGAGCAGGACUUCCAGAACGAGGAAGACGAGAUCAGAGAGCUUGAAGCAAGGAAGAAGGCUUUGGAAGACCGUGUCUCUGGAAUGGAAAGAGACCUUGGUGGUCUCCUUCGCUGAGUCGAAUCGACAAUGCUGGCAUGUACAAAUGUCAGUCAUUGUCUAGGAAGAAGCCCAAGCCAGUAUGCCUCUUCUGCAGUGGGUCUGCGAGAGACCUCAUCACAGGUUCGACGAUCUGAUACCGCUGCUCCCGAGCGACACACUGCUGCAUUAUCAUCUACUCGGUGCGAGAAAGGUGUUUGCAGGUGAGAAGAGCGAGCCGAUUAUAGCGAAAUGAUCGUCGCAUCGUUAGGCCAUCGCCAUCGCUAUUGCGCUUUAAGGGCGCCGCACCCGAGGGUCAGCAUUCGCAGAUACCGACGUCUGCGUGAAAGGACGUAUAGCCGGCGCAGUCUUGCUUCGAAUACUAGCAAUGACUGACCAGCGUUCACAUUAUGACGCGGUAAUCUGUACCUUUUGCCCCCAAGCUGCCAUGUCCGGGGCUGGUGGAUGCUUGAAUGAGGCCGUGUAUCUCACGACAUCGAAUUCGCUGUCAUGCCUCUACUUCGGUCUUGAUCGGUUGACUGAAUCCAACAAACUUCGCAUGCUUUGCAAACGAGUGGCGAUUUGCGCCGAGGGUGAGCAUAUAGUCGACUAUCAGUGCUCUGAUGAGACAGUCCUGUCUUUGCGCCAUAGUUCACUUGAAGCGACUUUUCGGUACCACGAGUGGACCUUCCAGUGCCCACCGUUCUGCCGUACGAGUACUGUAAUCGCGGUGGAGCUUUGGGCUAUAUGCAGGAGGUCAAUCAUUGAGAAACUAUCUGUAGUAGCGUAUGCAAUAUUAUGAUCAGUAGCUGGUGUUUUCUUUG